UCUCCCGCUCGCUCCUUCAGCUUAGGUAUCCUGAGAGUCAGUUGCUUAAAACCCAAAUCGUGCUCCUGCCUCGCGAAGAUCGCUCUAUUUGCAGCUCGUGCUCUCUCUCGGUUAUACAGUCCCUCCAUUCCUCUCUCUUGCACGUUAAAGAUCAUCAUCCUCUUUCUCCUGCGAUAAGCUAAGAUGUGCUUGGGACCCAACUUUAGAUGGUGAUGUUCAUAAAAUAUGGAAGAAGAAAUGUAGUGGGGUAAUUCGCUCCUCUUCGAGGGACAUUCGAAUUGGUAAAACAAAAGGUGAAUGGUUAAUGCCUGGACCUCGAAAGGAGCUUGAAAAAUAUUGGGAAAGUGAUGAAUUUAAAGCUAAAUCUGAGAAAAAUAAAAAAAAUCGAGCAGCUAACACAGGAGGAUGUGUGCAUAGAGGGGGACGAAUAACAUUUGCAGAGCAUAGAAGAAGAAUGGAAGUUGAAUUGGGAAGGCCUUGUGAAUAUCCUGAGGUUUUCAAGAAAAUUCAACAUGAUGAGGAAAAAGGUUGGGUUGGAAAGAGAGCUGCUAACACUUAUAAUGAGUUUGAGCGAUUAAAAGAAUGUCAAGAAUCCGAUGCUAGUAUUUCCGAUUCUGCUUUAUGGCUUCAGGUGGUUGGGGGGAAAAAUAAGAGGGGUCGAGUUUAUGGGCUUGGAACACAGGCAGGGCUUCUUAAUUCUAAUGGAACUCAAUGUGCCAAUACAUCUGGUGAGAUUGCACUCUUAAAGAAACAACUAGAAGAACAGAAAAAAUUUUAUGAGGAUAGAUUUGAAAAGGUUGUUGAAUCUUUGCAAGUAAGGGAGGAAGAAUUUCGAGCUAGGGAACAAAGAAGGGAGGAAGAAUUUCGUGCUAGGGAAGAAAGAAUGGAUCAAAAAUAGGCAAUGAUUAUGACACGGAUAAGCAAAUUUGAAAAAGGUAGUCCUUCUAAAACCAAUGAUGAGGAGGGUUGUGGUGAUUUGGAGAAUGACUCACAAGAAGAUGGUUCUGAUGAUGAAGAGGAUGAUGAGUUCAGUGAGAAUGAAUUUAUGUGAUUUCA